GGGGGGACCAAACUAAACUCCAUAGCUCCCCAUUUUCCUUGGAAUCAUAAACAUGGCUAAGAUCCAAAGCUCCAUUUAUGGGGUAUUUUUUGCGUUUUCCGUGAUUCUUAAUCUCUACUGUUUCAUAAAUCUGCAUUAUGUGGGUGGUGGUGUGGGUGGGAAGGGGAAGCAGCUGAGUUGGACCCAAAAAGCAGCAGAAGAGGCAGAGGCAGUGGCAGCAGUGUCAUGCUCUGGGCAUGGCAGAGCUUAUUUGGAUGGUUUCUCUGUUGAUGGAAAGCCUAUUUGUGAGUGCAACACUUGCUUUGGAGGCCCUGAUUGCUCUCAAUUCUCCCCUGCUUGUGUUGCUGAUGCUGACAGUGGGGAUCCUCUAUUCUUGGAACCCUUCUGGAUGGAACAUGCAGCUAGCAGUGCCCUAGUAGUUGUAGGGUGGCAUCGAAUGAGCUACACAUUCAAUGAUCACUCUUUCAUCUCACGCAACCUUGAGAAUCACAUCCGAAAAGUACACUCCAUUGCCAAGAACGCUAUUACAGAUGGAAGGUACAUUCUAUUCGGUGGUGGCUCAACCCAACUCCUCAGUGCUGCAGUUUAUGCCCUUUCUCCAGAGAAUUCAUCGUCCCCAGCAAGAGUAGUAGCUUCAAUCCCUUAUUUCCCUCUUUAUGAAACUCAAACAGACUACUUCAACUCAGUGAAUUUUAAGUUUGAAGGAGAUGCAUCCUCGUGGAUGAACACUACUUCAUCAGAUAGCUCCAUUAAUGUAAUUGAGUUUGUGACUUCUCCAAACAACCCUGAUGGUCUCUUGAAAAAACCUACUAUCCAAGGCUCAACCGUUAAGGCAAUUUACGAUCAUGCCUAUUAUUGGCCCCAUUUUACACCAAUUCCAGCUCCGGCGGAUGGAGAUCUCAUGAUUUUCACAAUUUCUAAGCUCACUGGCCAUGCUGGCAGUCGAUUCGGGUGGGCAAUGGUGAAACAUGAGGGUGUGUACCAAAGAAUGAUGACGUACAUGAGCCUAUCUGAAAUGGGAGUCUCUAGGGACACUCAGUUAAGAGCUCUCAAGCUUCUCAAAGCAGUUGUACAAGAAGGGAAUGGAAAAGAAAUCUUUGAUUUUGCAUACAAAACAAUGAGGAAUCGUUGGGAAAAAUUGAGGCAGGUCAUUUCAAUGUCGAAACGUUUUUCCAUCGAGGAAAGUCCUCCACAAUUUUGCAUUUUUUCCCAGAAAGUCAGGGGAUCUACUCCAGCAUAUGCAUGGGUGAAGUGUGAGAGGAAAGAAGAUAAGGACUGUACUGCAGUGCUCCGGGCAGCCAAUAUCAUUGGCCGGGAGGGCAGCCGGUUUGCUGCCGGAGACCGCCAUGUACGGCUGAGCCUCCUCAAGAGUCAAGAUGACUUUGACCAAUUGAUACAUCGGUUGAGCAAUUUAAUCUCUGAGGAAGAUGGUACUAGUAAACUAUGCGAAGAAGAUCAUAAUAAUCAACACUUUGUUGAUUAUGAUAAGUACUACUGUUGUAUAUAGAUCAAGAUCAAAAUAAAAGGUCAUGUCUGUCGACCUUUCAAGUUACGAAAAAUGUUUUAGAACUCUAAAUAAUGAGCUCUAAGGGAGCUCUAAUCAGUGGACUCCACCCACUGAUAUGAUAGUUUGGCCUCUCUUUUUUUUCUUCAAUGCCAGCUCAUUAGAGUUGGGUUUAGAGCUCAAUGUUUAGAGCUCUCUAUCAUUUCUGUUCAAGUUACAGAAGACAAUGAUUUUACUGGAUUUUAUGGAAAAAUAUAUAAUUUUAUA